CCGGCCCGCCCCGCGGCGCAUUGUGGGAUCUGUCCGCCGGCCGGGCGGUGGAGGACACGGCGCUCGGUUAUGGGGAUCCAGCCGAGCGCAGGCCUGCUGGCCUCCCUGGGGGUGGGGCUGCUAACUCUGCUCGGCGUGGCUCUGGGCUCCUACUUGGUUCGGAAGUCUCGCCGGCCUCGGGUCACUCUCCUGGACCCCAAUGAGAAGUACCUGCUGCGACUGCUAGACAAGACGACUGUGAGCCACAACACCAAGAGGUUACGCUUUGCCCUGCCCACCGCCCACCACAUUCUGGGGCUACCUGUGGGCAGACAUGUCUACCUUUCUGCCCGAAUCGAUGGCAGCCUGGUCAUCAGGCCAUACACUCCUGUCACCAGUGAUGAGGACCGAGGCUAUGUGGAUCUUGUCAUCAAGAUAUACCUGAAGGGUGUGCACCCCAAAUUUCCUGAGGGAGGAAAGAUGUCUCAGUACCUGGAUAGCCUGAAGAUUGGGGAUGUGGUGGAGUUUCGGGGGCCAAGUGGGUUGCUCACUUACACUGGGAAAGGGAAUUUUAACAUUCAGCCCAACAAGAAAUCUCCACCGGAACCCAGAGUGGCAAAGAAACUGGGAAUGAUUGCUGGAGGGACAGGAAUCACCCCAAUGCUACAGCUAGUCCGGGCCAUUCUGAAAGACGCUGAAGAUCCAACCCAGUGCUUUCUGCUUUUUGCCAACCAGACUGAAAAGGACAUCAUCUUGAGGGAGGACUUGGAGGAACUGCAGGCCCGAUAUCCCAAUCGCUUUAAGCUGUGGUUCACUCUGGAUCAUCCCCCAGAAGAUUGGGCCUACAGCAAGGGCUUUGUGACUGCUGACAUGAUCCAGGAGCACCUGCCUGCCCCAGGGGAUGAUGUGCUGCUGCUGCUCUGUGGGCCACCGCCGAUGGUGCAGUUGGCCUGCCAUCCCAACUUGGACAAGCUGGGCUACUCGCAAAAGAUGCGAUUCACCUACUGAGCAUCCCUCAGUUUCCCUGGUCUCAUUCCCUGCAAUUGUCCCCAGUCAGUACUCAAACAUUGUAAGCCCUAGAUUCUUUUCCUGAAAGUAUCAGCCUUUUGUAUCUUACUCUGGAGCUGAAAUCCAGAUGGUGCCUGCAGGAACAACAUUCCUGUAGCCAUGGAAGAGGGCCAAGGCUGAGUCAUUCCCUAGAAGGUCCCCCAAAUCUCUCUUUGAUAAAAGGUCCAGGUGAGGCCAAUGGAGCAGUCUCUUCCACAGAGUCAGAAAGCUGGGAGCAUGUACAUUUGCUCAAAUACCGGCUAGUUCAGUGAUAGCAUCACACUCUCACCUUCUUUGUCUGUGAUGAAAGGAACAGUCUGUGCAGUGGGAUUUACUUAAUAUUCAGUGCUUAACCCAUGGGCAAAUUCUGCAUAUGUGAGUACAAGUUGAGUGGACUUAUAGAGGUAGUCUUAUAGAGAUGGCAAAGAAAAGAGGAAAUGGUUUCUUCAGGCCACCAAACCUCACAGGAAUGAGUAUGAAACAUGUAUUUGUGUGUCUGUCUCUCUCAGCCCCUGCCUGGGCUAGAGAGAAGUAGCUACCCAUAAUUUAAGACUGCUGCUGUGGCAGGAACCUCUGGCUAUGCAAAUAAAUGGGGCUGAGGCCUCUGUGUGAUACCUAA